AUGGCAGUCUUGACAUCGCCCAAUGGCUACAUUUUCUAUCACUACAUCCCCACCAAAGUGGGCGCGAUUAUAGUGGCCGUGUUAUUUGGACUUGGCACAUUGGCCGUGUUAUGGAGGAGUAUCACCUCGAGGACUAAAUUUGCCAUCCCGUUCAUGGUGGGCGGCGUUCUCGAAGUUGUCGGUUACGUAGCCCGAGCAAUCGCAGAAGACUCGAAGGACUCACCACUCGUCCCCUACAUCAUGCAAAGCGUCCUUCUCCUCAUCGCACCCGCACUAUUCGCUGCCUCCAUCUACAUGACCCUCGGCCGAGUCAUCCGCAGCGUCAACGGCGAACGACGCUCCAUCAUCCGCCCGACUCGGCUCACCCGCAUCUUCGUCCUGAUAGACGUCGUGUCCUUCUUCGCACAAGCGACGGGAGGUUCGUUCCAGGCGAGCAAGAAGUUCAACAAGCAGGCCGCGCAGUACAUCAUCCUCGGCGGUUUGAUCGUGCAGAUCGUGGGGUUCGGCCUGUUUGCGGCGACGGCGUUGGUGUGGCAUGUGCGCAUGUUACGACGACCGACAGGCGCUACCAUGGCGGACAGCACGGGGAGGUGGCAGAGGAUCUUGGCCAUGCUGUACGCGGUGAGCGUUUUGAUCAUGGUCCGGUCGGUGUUCCGGGUGAUCGAGUAUGUGAUGGGGACGGAUGGGUACUUAUUGAUGAACGAGUGGCCGCUUUACGUCUUUGACGCCGCGCUUAUGUUGCUUACUGUCGGCGUGUUCGCGUGGUGGUAUCCUGGACGGCUUGAUAUGUCUCCAGUGGCCACGGAAGACGAUUCUGAUGCCGGAAGUGACACAGGGUUGGAGAGUGGGCAUGCCAUGAAGAACAGACUGCUUGCUGGAUCGAGGAGAUAA